AUGGUACCUCGCAAAAGUACCCACUCGGUACCGCAAUAUCUCUGCCGGGCACCGGUAGGGGCCCGGGGGUUAGUUCGGGACGCAUAUGAAAGUCAAAUUUGGUACGCGUUAUGCACCUGUGUACGAAAUAAGGAUUUCAACCUUCCGGCGAUUAUUCCUAUCUAUCAUGAACACACACACCUUGAAAGAUGCGUAGCUUUUCAAGGGUUUGACUGA